UUCUCCCUCUCUCGCCGCACAAUAGACUAAUAAGUUAUUGAAGGAGUCAGCGAGGGUAGGGUGUUUCCUGUUUUUUUAUAUUUGACGCCAUUUUGUGGGUUUAAACUAUCAAAACAGAGUGAGUCCACUCAUUGUUGGCAUUGGAACAAGUUUGUGUUGAGGCUGCUGCUGGAGUUUUUUUUUAUUUUCGAAGGGAUCUUUUGCUCUCUCUCUCCAGCACCACUUUCAAUCUCUGUUGCCCCAUCGCUCCCCUGCCUGUCUCCCUGAGUCGCCUUGCACCGGAGGGGCAGGUGAUGAGUUCUGUGUCUGUUGCCUGCCCCAGUAGCCCAGCUCCUUGCCUGGGACAGGGGGUCGCUAGCCCUUGCCCGCCCGGCUGCGUGGGUACCUCGUUCAUCAUCCAGAUAGGACUGACCCGGGAAUCCGUCCUGCUACCGACUAGUGGCGACAGCACCUUAGCGAGAGUCAAGGAACUUGCCUGUUCCAUCGUGGAUCAGAAAUUCCCAGAAUGCGGCUUCUAUGGAAUGUACGACAAAAUCCUCCUCUUCAGACACAACCCGACCUCGGACAAUAUCCUGCAGCUGGUGAAAUCUGGGCACGAUAUCCAGGAAGGAGACCUGAUUGAAGUUGUGUUAUCGGGUGCUGCAACUUUUGAGGAUUUCCAGAUUCGCCCACAUGCCCUGAAUGUGCACUCGUACCGCGCGCCAGCGUUCUGUGACCAUUGUGGCGAGAUGCUGUUCGGGCUGGUGAGACAGGGACUGAAGUGUGACGGUUGCGGACUGAACUACCACAAGAGGUGUGCGUUUAGCAUCCCGAAUAACUGCAGUGGGGCCAGAAAGAGGCGACUGUCCAACACCUCGCUGACAGGAUCCAUCAGCUCGCGAUUGUCAGUCGCUGAGCUCCUCCUCACUUCACCGAGUGACACCCAGGUGAAGAGCUUGGUGGAAACAGUGUCUCUGAAGGAAAAGCGUCUGAACCUGGGCAUCUACACGGGACGGCCGAUUGAGCUGGACAAAAUCUUCCUGUCAAAGGUCAAGGUUCCACACACGUUCGCUGUGCACUCCUACACCCGGCCCACCGUCUGCCAGUCCUGCAAGAAAUUGCUGAAGGGGCUGUUCCGUCAGGGGCUACAGUGCAAAGACUGCAAGUUCAACUGCCACAAACGAUGCUCCGAGAAAGUGCCCAAUGACUGCUUAGGCGAAUCAAUCGUCAACGGGGAUGUGAUGAGCCCUGGCAUUGAUGUUGACGUAAACAUGGAGGAUGUUACAGACGACGGCGACGGGGACAAAACCCUGACCAUGGACGACUUUGACGAAUCACCGACCACCCCCAGCCACCGCUCGGAGAACGGUUACCCCGGCGAUGACGACAGCCCCAACAGAAUGAUGAGUGAUCCCAUGGCCAGCAACAUCCCCCUGAUGCGUGUGGUACAGUCUGUCAAGCAGACCAAGCGGAAAUCCAGCACCACCCUGAAAGAGGGUUGGGUGGUUCACUACAGUAACAGGGAUGCGCUGCGGAAGAGGCAUUACUGGAGACUGGACUGCAAGUGCAUCACCCUGUUUCACAAUGACACCGGAAAUAAGUAUUACAAGGAGAUCCCUCUCUCGGAGAUCCUGGGGGUGGAACCUGCUGAGAACUCUGCGACCAUCCCUCACUGCUUCGAGAUCCGGACAGGCAACGUGGUGUACUUUGUGGGCGAGAAUCCUGCCUCGCACGCACCUUCGGGAUCCGGAGAUACGGGCAGCGUCUCCUGGGUGGAGGAGGCCAAGGCCUGGGAAGCAGCUAUCCGGCAAGCACUGAAACCUGUCAUCUUCCAGGACACUCAGGACCCCCAGGAGCAGACCCCACACAGACAGGCCUCAGUCAAUUUCUCCGUGCCCAACAGUCAGAGUCUGGAGAAUGUGGAUAUUGCGACUGUCUACCAGAUCUUUGCAGACGAGGUGCUUGGAUCAGGCCAGUUUGGGAUUGUUUAUGGAGGCAAGCACAGAGAGACCGGGCGGGACGUAGCAAUCAAAGUCAUUGACAAACUACGCUUCCCAACCAAACAGGAGAGCCAGCUACGCAAUGAGGUGGCCAUCCUACAGGGCCUGUCUCACCCUGGAGUGGUCAACCUGGAAUGCAUGUUCGAGACUCCCGAGAAGGUGUUUGUCGUCAUGGAGAAGCUUCACAGUGACAUGUUGGAAAUGAUCCUGUCCAGCGAGAGGGGCCGGCUACCGGAAAGGAUCACCAAGUUCAUGAUCACACAGAUCCUUGUUGCCCUCCGGCACCUACACUUCAAGAACAUUGUGCACUGUGAUCUCAAACCAGAAAAUGUGCUGCUGGCGUCAGCUGAGCCCCUCCCUCAGGUGAAACUCUGUGACUUUGGCUUUGCCCGAAUCAUCGGCGAGAAAUCCUUUCGCCGCUCGGUGGUGGGCACCCCGGCCUACCUGGCACCUGAGGUUCUUCUGGACAAAGGCUACAACCGCUCCCUGGACAUGUGGUCAGUGGGGGUGAUCCUGUACGUCAGCCUCAGCGGCACCUUCCCCUUCAAUGAGGACGAGGACAUCAAUGAUCAGAUCCAGAACGCUGCAUUCAUGUAUCCACCCAAUCCCUGGAAGGAGAUCUCGCAGGAAGGCAUUGAUCUGAUCAACAACUUGCUCCAGGUGAAGAUGAGGAAACGAUACAGUGUGGACAAGUCUUUGAGUCACCCCUUCCUGCAGGGCCAGCAGACGUGGUUGGACUUGCGAGAGCUGGAGUGCAAGAUUGGAAAGCGGUACCUGACCCACGAGAGCGAUGACCCACGCUGGGAGCAAUGCAGCCAGGCACAGCACCUACAGUACCUGCCCCACCUCACCAAACAGCCCCCUUCUGCUGCUAGCUCAGGCAGCAGAGAUGUGCAGAGACUCAGCGAGAGAGUCAGCAUCCUCUGAACACACUCCUGGAGUUCAGGAAAGAUGUUCAUACCCCUUUAAUACACACUCAGUCUCCCACACACUCUCUCACAACCAGUCUUUCUCACUCUCUGUUUCUGUCUUUCUCUCGCAUGUGCGCAU